AUGGAUUAUAAAACAUUGCCAUUGAAUUGGGCAACGAUUCCCGAGGAAUUGUUAGUUAUUGUGAUGUCCUAUCUAAAUGCCAAAGAGCUUAUGCGAAUUGCACAAGUUAGCUAUCACUGGAGAUGCGUCGCCGAAGAAAAUUGCCUCUGGCGACCUUUAUUUUUAAAAGACUUCAAAUUGUCCGAUCAUUGUAAAUUAAAGAUUUGUUCAAGAUGGAUUGACGAAUAUAAAAUGUUCAAAUUCAAUGUACCGAACGAAUUGUCGGAAAAUCUUCCGGAUUGCUACGAAGGAAUGUCGUAUGUUUGCUUUUCCAAAGACGGUCUCUUAUUUUGUACGGUUGCUUGCAACGCUUCAUUUAAGGUUUCUUUUAUUUGGACAACAACACAUCCAGUGUAUUUGUUUCAUGAGCGGCAUCUUGACGAGGAGUUAGACUGGGAACAAGCAUUUUUUGCCGAAUUCAGUCCUGACAAUAAGCACUUGUUAAUCUCCGGACUAAAAUACGAUGGAACCGGAGAAAUUGCUGUUUUUUCAAUCGAUGGUACAUUAUAUCGUUCGGUUAUUGGUUCUUCUGUAUCUCAACUGUGGAUUUGUUCAGCUAAGUCGUUUUAUGAAUGCAAUGAUGCCGCAAUAUUUUCUGCCCUUUUCAGACUGCUAAAUCGAGGUGGUGGAUUCUGUCAAAAAGUCACCGUCGGACGAUAUAUAUCCUCACGUCUUCGUGGUGUCAUUAUGUUAGCACAAGAAGCAGCUAAAGAAAAUAAGGCUGAAAUACGAGUUAUCAAUCUUUCGACGAUGACGUUUGGUAGUUCAUAUUUCGGUCAUUUUGCAACUAUCACUGAUCGUUUUCAAUGUUCCAUUGGUGGACCAUUUGUUGUUAGCGGUUCUAAAGAUGGCGGACGUAUUUGGUCAAAAGAUUACAAAUGUGUUAUUGGUAAUCUCUCACAUGGUUUUGAUCAUGGAAUAACAGCAGCUGUACAACCAAUUGAUGGAAGUAUGAUUGUUACUGUCAGCAAAGGUGAUGACAGUAUUAAAAUAUGGCGAAGCAAGAAAUUUUUACAAAAGGAAAUUGUUGUUCCCAAUGAUUUUAUGUAA